AUGCAAAUUGCACACAACUCGACUAUCCCAGCGUUGGGCGGAAACAUGGAAUUAAGGCCUUUACAAGAUCUGAUAACUGCUGAAAAAGCAGUUCUUAUCUUGUUACAAAAGCUUUCUGUAUACUAUUCGAAAGCCACUGAAGCUUUGCGGAGGGUGACGAUCUCGGUGACAUCCUAUCAGCAUCAACAACCCUCCUAUCCCACUUCUCCACCUCCCUAG